CUGCGGUCGAGAAAGAGGCGAUGGGCAGGACAGGACAGGACAGAAAAGAAAGACGCCGGCCGGUUAUCAAAUGUCCAUCAGCCGUCCCAAGUCGGAACAGCCGGCGGUAGGCGCUGCUGGCGACGCAGGUGAGACAGAAUCUCAAAAGACGUGGAACAACCAGAUCUUGUCCUUGAUUUGGAGCGAACCCAAAAUGCUCACCGAGGACCGGCAACAACGUUUGUGAAAGCCACAAGGUCUAAAAUGGCCUGCAGACCAAGGAUUGAAUCGGCGGGACGGACGCGAGGAGACGGAGGGGGGCUAGCGGCGUUUUUUGGAGGCUUGCAGAUGCGUCGAGGUAUCGGUACUUGGUGGGGGAGCGCUUAUACGAGUAUGUGAAUGUGAGCAUAAGAUAUGGGACGAAUGCAGUGCUGUCUGUCUGUUGCAGAUUGACUGAGUCGGCUAUGCUUCUGUCUGCUUUUUCGUCGUCCGUCUCUAGGAUCAGUAUGUUGCUGCGACAAGCUCAGUUCCCGGAUUCUACCUGGGUAGGUAGCUGGAUAUGCUGCUAGCAAUGGCGAUUGAGGGAGAAAAAACAACGACGAGAUGAACAGAGCUGCUAAAAGAGGUACGAGUACUUGGCUGCGAGGUAUUACCUCUUCAAUGCCCUGGUGCUGGCGUUGGUACUUGUACAGCAGUGAGACGGAUCCCCAUCAUUCAAGAACCUGCACCAUCCGCAGCGGCUUGGCGGGAUUGCUGGUACCUGACAAUCGCAGCAGGCGUCGGUCAAAGUCCAGGUACAAG